UAUAUGUGCAAUUGAUAUCUCAUCAGAAGAUAAGGUCUUCACCUCCCUAGUGACUGUCUUGGGCUGGGAUAGACUGGUAUCUGACUGAUUCUUGGGCACACAUGUAUUAUCUGCUUCUGUGGCAGACUAAUAUCUGUCUGAGUCUUUUGCAUACUAGUAUCUGUCUGUGUCUGGGGCAGACUGUUACAUGUCUGUGUCUGGGGAAGACUGGUUUAUGUCUGUGUCUGGGGCAGACUACUAUCAGUCUGUGUCAUGGGCAUACUGGUAUAUGUUUGUGUCUGGGGCAGACUGGUAUAUGUCUGUAUCUGAGGCAGACUGGUGUAUGUCUGUGUCUGUAGCGGACUACUAUCUGUCUGUGUCUGGGGCAGACUGGUAUAUGUCUGUGUCUGGAACAGACUACUAUCUGCCUGUGUCUGGAGCAGACUGGUAUAUGUCUGUGUCUUGGGUAUACUGGUAUAUAUAUCUGUCUCUGGGGCAGACUGGUGUAUGCCUGUGUCUUGGGCAGUCUACUACCUGUCUGUGUCUGGGGAGUACUGGUAUAUGUCUGUUUGGGACAGACUGGUAUAUGUCUGUGUCUGGGGCAGACUACUAUCUGUCUGUAUCUGGGGCAUACUGGUAUAUGUCUGUAUCUGGGGUAGACUACUAUAUGUCUAUGUCUGUUGCAUACUGUUAUAUGUCUGUCUCUGGGGCAGACUGGCGUAUGUAUGUGUCUGGGGCAGACUACUAUCUGUCGGUGUCUGGGGCAUACUGGUAUAUGUCUGUGUCAGGGGCAGAUUGGUAUAUUCUGUAUCUGGGGAAGACUACUUUUUGUCUGUUUCUGGGGCAUACUGGCAUACUAGUAUAUGUCUGUGUCUGUGGCAGAUUGAUAUAUGCCUGUGUCUGGGGCAAUCUACUAUUUGUCUGUGUCUGGGGCAGACUAGUGUAUAUCUGUGUCUGGGGCAGACUAGUAUGCAAAUCUCGUCCAACAUUUAUAACCUGUCCAUCUCUGUACCACUAAA